GUUAGUAUAUUUGUACUUAUUUAUUUGCAGAGGCGGUGUUUCAGCACGUGCAUGUCUAAUAAAGAAAAGAAAUCGGCGUCGGUCUGCAGCUGCGCUCCGGUGGGCAUCACAGUACAGCGCCUGCGCUCCGCUGCUCCGGUUCCACCGUCUCCUCCUCGCGAACAUGGCGGCGCCUGCGCUCUCCAGCCGGGCUGGUUCAGCUGGCAGCAGCCCCACCGCCACCCCGAACAGCACCAAACUCGUCCCGCACUCCCCCGAGCUGGACUUCAGGUCCGGAACCAGGAUCGAGGAGCUCAACCGGCUGAUCGCCGAGUUCAGCAAGCACGAGCAGCGUGAGUACGACGACCAGCGAGCGCUCGAGAUCCACACGGCCAAGGACUUCAUCUUCUCCAUGCUCGGCAUGGUGCAGAAGUUGGACCAGAAGCUUCCGGUUGCCAACGAGUACCUGCUGUUGUCCGGUGGGGUCCGGGAAGGCGUGAUUGACAUGGAUCUGGAUGAGUUGACGGUAUAUGCGCGGGGAGCUGAUUACGACAUGGACUUCACGUUACUGGUUCCCGCGCUCAAACUCCACGACCGAAACCAGCCGGUCACGCUAGACAUGCGUCACUCGGCGCUCUGCCACUCCUGGCUCAGUCUGCGUCUGUUUGACGAGGGAACCAUCAACAAGUGGAAGGACUGUUGCACUGUUGUAGACCAUGUUAACGGCGCCACCAAUUACUUUUUCUCACCCACGCUGGUGGCCGACUGGUUCUACGAAUCCAUUAGUAUGGUCCUUGCGGAGAUUCAGAAGAAGCCGCAGCGCGGUGUCCCACGGGUCGAGAAGGUCGAGCGCAACGCAACCGUCAUCUCCAUCAUUUUGGGCGUCGGAGGCAGUCGGAUGCUGUACGACGUGGUUCCAGUAGUGUCAUUCAAAGGCUGGCCAGCGGUGGCCCAAAGCUGGCUAAUGGAGAACCAUUUUUGGGAUGGGAAAAUCACGGAGGAGGAAGUGAUUAGUGGGUUUUAUUUGCUGCCUGCUUGCUCUUCUACAGGCCAGAAGGAAAACGAAUGGCGCUUGUCGUUUGCACGCAGCGAGGUGCAGCUGAAGAAGUGCAUCUCUGCGAGUCUCAUGCAGGCGUAUCAGGCUUGUAAAGCUCUGAUUAUUAAGCUUCUCUCUCGACCCAAAGCCAUCAGCCCGUAUCACCUGCGCUCGCUCAUGCUUUGGGCCUGCGACCGCCUGCCGCAUACGUACUUGGCACAGGAAGAUUACGCUGCGCACUGUUUGCUUGGGUUGAUCGACGACUUGCAGCACUGCUUGGUGAAUAAGACCUGCCCGAAUUACUUUAUCCCGCAAUGCAACAUGCUAGAGCAUCUCAGUGACGACAUGGCCAUGCUGCAUGCUCGCAAGUUGUCGUCAGUUCGCUCUGACCCAGCAGAACACUUGCGGAGCGCGAUCGAGCACGCAAAAGCUGCGUCGCGGCUCACGCUUGAGCUCCAGUGGCGCGGAGGAAGCUCAAACCUGUCAUCCCCUCUGUCGGACACCGGAGCCGAUCAGCAACCAGACGACCGGCUCGCGAAGAAACUCCAGCAGCUGGUCACAGAGAAUCCUGGGAAGUCCAUCUCAGUCUUCAUCAACCCAGACGAUGUCACACGACCUCACUUUCGCAUUGAUGACAAAUUCUUUUAAAGCCACGCUCAUUGAUCAGAUUGGCUGUUGACUGGGAACAAGCUCACUUUCGCAUUAAUGAUACAUUUUUCUGAAGCCACACCCACUGAUCUGAUUAGGCGCUGGCUGCAAACAACAUCAUGCAACCUCAUUUUUGAUCGAUGACAAAUUAUUUUGAAGCCACGCCCUCUGAUCUGAUUGGGCGCUGGUUGCAGAUGACCUUACAUUUGCAUUGAUGACAAAUUCUUCUGAAGUCAUGCCUCCUGAUCUGAUUGGGCGCUGACUGGGGAUGAGCUCACUUUCGCAUUAAUGAUAAAUUUUUCUGAAGCCACGCCCACUGAUCUGAUUGGGUACUGGCUACAGACGACCUCAUGCAACCUUACUUUUGCAUUGAUCAAUUUUUUUCUGAUCUGAUCUGACGAGCUCACUUUUGCAUUGAUGACAUUCUUCUGAAACCACACCCUCGAUCUGAUUGGGCGCUGACUGCAGAUGAUGUCCUCACUUUCGCAUCGAUGAUAAACUCUUCUGAAGCCACGCCCAUUGAUCUGAUUGGGAGCUGACGACCUCACUAUAGCAUUAAUGAGCAAUUCUUCUGAUGCCACGC